AUGUCAUCUGUAACGUUCUUUAAUCUAUUUUCGUUUAAAAUUAUCAAUAACAAAGAAACCAAGGAAAAAGUUUUUGCUGCUUCAGACUCUUUACCAACCCCGCCUCAUCAAACUUGGGCGAAAAAGAAGGCACAUCCACAUGGCCAGAUUUACGGAUACAGAAUGUCACUUUGGGCAGAGCACAUGGGAAAUCUUGACGAUUGUUUGAAGGAGCCUGGAAAUCCGGAUUGUGUCAAGUAUGUGAAUCGUACUGCAGAAACUAACUGGAAGAAAUAUGUAGCUGAUGAAUUCACUCUAUUGCAAGGCCAUCUUCUCAAAUAUGCAGUUGAUAUAGAUGUUAAUGGAAAGGUAAAUCCCUUGCCCGGUUAUGAAAGUUUCCCUGAUGUUGGUGGUAACUGGUGCCGUUUUUAUUAUUUGAGAGAUCUCACCAGUGUUAUGGAAAAUGGAACGCAGCCACUUGUCCAGCAAAAAGAGCAAGAAGAAGAAAUCCCAUCAACCAACCUCUCAAUUCUUCCAAUGGCGAGCGCGGUUAAAGUGUACGGACCACCACUUUCUGCCGCCGUAUCAAGGGUUCUGACAUGCCUUCUUGAGAAAGAUGUCCAGUUUCAACUCAUCCCCAUCAAUUUGGUCAGAGGCGAACAAAAGAAACCUGAUUACCUCAAACUUCAGCCAUUUGGGCAAGUACCAGUGUUUCAAGAUGAGAGCAUUACACUGUUUGAAUCCAGAGCCAUAUCUAGAUACGUUUGUGAUAAGUAUGCAAAUCAAGGAAACAAAGGACUGUUUGGUACUAACCCGUUAGAGAAGGCAUCAAUUGAUCAAUGGUUAGAGGUUGAAGGCCAAAACUUUUAUCCACCAACUGCAGUUCUCGUGUUCCAACUAGCUUUUGUACCGAGGAUGAAGAUCAAGCAAGACGAGAAUUUGAUCAAGCAAAAUGAAGAGAAGCUUGGGAAAGUGCUUGAUGUGUAUGAGAACAGGCUUGGAGAGAGUGGAUAUUUAGCUGGCGAUGAAUUCACAUUGGCUGAUCUUUCUCACCUACCUAUGUUGCAUUACUUGGUGAAUCAGUGUGGUAGAGGCGAACUUCUCACUUCGAGGAAGAAUGUUGGGAGGUGGUGGGAUGAGAUUUCCAGCCGAGAGACAUGGAAGAAGGUGAUUGAGAUGCGGAACUCACCUCCCCAACGGAGUGCUUGA